CUACGUCGACACUAAGUGUUCGCUUUUUGCAUAACUUCCAGCUAGCCGCCAGCUAGCUAAUGCAAAGAGAGAUCUCCUAACGCUACUUAAACUGACGCUACCUUCACACACUCGAUGUGGAGGUACCAGUGCAUGUUCUGCUGUACAGUCCUCGCAGGGUCAAAAUGUCCUUCAGAGACCUAAGAAAUUUCACUGAAAUGAUGAGGGCCUUGGGCUAUCCCCGGUUGAUAUCUAUGGAGAACUUUAGAAUACCGAACUUCACGCUAGUGGCAGAAAUCUUAAUAUGGCUUGUAAAGAGAUAUGAGCCUCAUAUGGAUAUCCCCACUGAUGUGGAUACAGAGUCAGACAGAAUAUUCUUCAUCAAGGCUGUGGCCCAGUUCAUGGCAACGAAGGCUCACAUCAAGUUGAACACUAAGCGUCUCUACCAGGCCGAUGGCUACGCAGUGAAAGAGAUGCUCAAGAUCACCUCGGUGCUGUACAGCGCUAUGAAGACCAAGCAGAUGGCCCUGGAAGACCGAGUUGAGGAGGAUAACAGCAAGUUCAAGUUUGACCUCGGCUCACGCAUUUCCGAUCUUAAAGCAGCUCGACAGCUGGCAUCCGAGGUCACAUCUAAAGGAGCGUCUCUAUAUGAUUUACUGGGAAAAGAGGUGGACCUAAGGGAAAUGAGAGCUGCGGCCAUUGCCAGACCUCUGGAGAUCAAUGAGACUGAAAAGGCCCUAAGAGCUGCCAUCAAGGAAGUUUUAGAAAGUGUGGAGAAGACCAAAGACAUGCUGAAUAAUGUUGUCUCUGAUGAGACCAGUCUGGACGCCAAGAUAGAAAAGAAGAAGCAGGAGCUAGAGAGGAAUCGGAAGAGGCUCCAGACACUGCAGAGUGUCAGGCCGGCCUUCAUGGAUGAAUAUGAGAAGAUCGAGGAAGAUCUGCAAAAGCAGUAUGACACCUAUGUGGAGAAGUUCAGGAACCUCUGCUUCUUGGAGUCUCAGCUGGAUGAAUACCACAGACUUGAGCAGGAGAGGUUUGAGGAGGCUGAAAACACUCUGAGGAUGAUGCAGCACAAACUGAGGGAGGAGGAGAGAGAUUUAAUGAAAAGCUCCUUGAAAGAUGAGGAUUCUGACAUGGACGUUCCAGAGGACGAAGGCUCAGACAGCGACAUGGAAGAGUGUCGACCCUCUAAGCCCUGGCCCACACGAAACGGCAUCACAGCAGGAAGAGGAGCUCGAUUCAUUGGGAACAUGCAGGGUGGUGACAGUGACGAGACUGAAGACAGCGAGAUUGAUGUGGAUGAGGAUGAUGAAGAAGAUGAGGAAGGUGAGGAGGAGGAGAGCAAGGAUUUGGAGGAUGACAGUUUGGAGGGCCUGGUGUCCAGAGGUGCUCGCCCCUCCAGGGGGGGCAUGAGAUCUCCUCUAUUGGAGGAGAGCGACAACGACUUCUGAAUGAAGAACGUGCACACGCACACACACACACACAUACGCCUAUAUGUGCUCCACCUGCUUCUGUAUUCAAAGUCAAAUCAAAACAUCUCAUUACUUCUCAGAAAUAUCCAUUAAAUAUUAUGUUCCAUCGUAUUGCAACAUUUAGCGUUAAUAUAGUUCCUAUUUCUGAAUAUUUAUGUAAACCGGUUUUUCUUAAUAAAAUA